AAUGUAGGUGGACGGGGACAUAUUUUUCCCUGAGACUUAACUGCUCUUCUCUGACCAGUCCUGUCCUGUUCUCCAGCAUGCUGUGCCUGGGGCUCCCUGGAGGCUCCCUCAUGGCAGCCCUGACGGUGACCCUGAUGGUGCUGAGUCCACUCCUGGCUUUGGCCAGGGACACCCGACCGCGUUUCGUGGAGCAAGUUAAACAUGAGUGUCACUUCUCCAACGGGACGGAGCGGGUGCGGUUCCUGGACAGAUACAUCCACAACCGCGAGGAGUUCGCGCGCUUCGACAGCGAGGUGGGCGAGUACCGCGCCGUGACCGAGCUGGGGCGGCCGGACGCCGAGUACUGGAACAGCCAGAAGGAGCUCCUGGAGCGGAGGCGCGCCGAGCUGGACACGUACUGCAGACACAACUACGGGGUUGCUGAGAGCUUCACUGUGCAGAGGAGAGUUGUGCCCAAGGUGACCCUGUACCCCACAAAGACCCAGCCCCUGCAGCAUCACAACCUCCUGGUCUGCUCUGUGAGUGGCUUCUACCCAGGCCACAUUGAGGUCAGAUGGUUCCGGAACGGCCAGGAGGAGGAGGCCGGGGUGGUGUCCACAGGCCUGAUCCAGAACGGGGACUGGACCUUCCAGACCCUGGUCAUGCUGGAAACAGUUCCUCAGAGUGGAGAGGUGUAUGCCUGCCAGGUGGAGCACCCGAGCUGGAGCAGCCCUGUCACCGUGGAGUGGAGGGCACAGUCUGCAUCUGCACGGAGCAAGAUGCUGAGCGGAGUCGGGGGCUUUGUGCUGGGGCUGCUCUUCCUUGGGGCGGGGCUGUUCAUCUACCUCAGGAAUCAGAAAGGACACUCCGGAGUUCAACCAACAGGACUCCUGAGCUGAAGUGAAGGUGGCAGCGCUGAAGGAAGGCCCUGUGUCCCUGCUUCUGCUCGUCCUGACCGGCUUCCUGCUCACCUCUCAUUCUCCACUGAGAGAGGCCCAGGAUCACACAGUCCUGGCCCAGCUGGGAGCCCUGGCGCUGGCUGCAGGACUUCCCUUCACUCUCUCCUGGCCCCUCUGUGUUCACCAUUUACCUCCUCCAGCGCUUCUGAACUCACCUUGGGGAUCAUUGCUUUGUUAUUUUGUUCUGAAAUAAACAUGGAGUGAAAAAUC